AUGUGUAGCCGCCAAUUUAUCAUCCCUUGCAAAGAAUUUGCAGCGCGACAAAACAAUGGCUACUACAAUUUGCUUUCUCCAACCAGCUCCCUUGAAAACAGAAAAAACUCUCAAACUCAACUGCUUGUACAGCGCUCCUAAAAUCACCUGCUCGUCCGUCGCAACCCAAUCCCAAUCAGCUAAACAGCAUCUCCUCACUCUCAUCUCAGACCAAGACCGCGGUCUCAAAUCACAGAAAGACCCUGAAAAACGAGCUUUAAUUAUCCAAGCCAUUGAUGAACUGGCAGAACUGGGCAAAGGAUCCGUCACCACCGAUAAUUCACUGUCUUCCACGUGGCGGUUGCUUUGGACUACAGAGAAGGAACAGCUUUUCAUUGUGGAGAAAGCGCCGCUGUUUGGUACCCUAGCUGGCGACGUUUUACAGGUCAUUGACGUUGAGAAAAACUCUCUCAAUAAUGUCAUCACUUUCCCUCCCGACGGUGUUUUUUUUGUUAGGUCAAAUAUUGAAAUCGCUUCUAAUCAGAGAGUUAAUUUCAGAUUUACAAGUGCGGUUUUGAGAGGGAAAACUUGGGAGAUUCCGUUACCUCCGUUUGGACAGGGCUGGUUUGAGUCGGUGUUCCUUGAUGAUGACAUUCGAGUAGCGAAGGAUAUCAGAGGAGAUUAUUUAGUUGUUGACCGGGCUCCUUAUGCCUGGAAAGAAUGAAGGGCAAACAUGGUGAUGUACUACAAUGUGAUGAUUCUGGAAAGAUUUAAAGAUUCGAAUCUGCUUACGGGGAUGGCGAUUUACAGCUUAUGAAUAUCAGUGCGUGGUGAUUAUUUAAUUGUCGCUCGUGCUCCUUGGUCAGAAUGAGUAUAUGAUCUGGUACGUACCACUUGUCUAUGAACCAACCAACAACUUGGUUGAAAUUAUAUAUACUUGUACAUGUUCGUAUAAUUUGUUUAUUGCGGCUUGGAUUUUACUGUGCCACUUGAUGAAAUAACGAGCCUUGUACAUAAUUUGUUGAUCAUCUAAUUGAUAGAAUGAUUAUAGCAAGUAA